AUGAAAGCGCCAAGAAGAGGAAGAAGCCUCGAUGUUCCAGUCCACGUGCUGACAUUCUCGGCGGUGGUGAUCGUCGAUUGCCCCAAGGGACAGGAGAUGUUUGUGGUGGUUGGAUGUUUUAAUGAGCAUGCACAAAAGGUGCUUGAUGUUCAUCUGGCAACAGGCUUCCAUAAGUACUUCAUGUGGUGCAAAGGCAAGUUACAUGGAAACCAUCAUUCUUUAAUACAAGAAAGCAAGGACAUUGUUGCUUAUGUAGUUAUUGAUGCCAUUGCUAUGCACAAAAUUCUUAAAAAAUAUGAUAAGAUACAUGACUCUAAACAAGGGCAAGCAUUCAGGUCACAAGUCCAGAGCAUGUACAUGGAACUCCUUCAGUCUCCAUGGAUUUGUGAGCUUAUUUCCUUCCACAUUAACUUAAGGGAAUCAAAGAAAGCUAUAACGAAAGGUUCUGAAAUAUUAGAAGGCUGCUCUCUUAUAUUUAAUGAUGAAAACCAUCAGUUUCGUGUGAGCUAUCUGAUGAUGUGA